GACAAAAUGGCAGAAGGAAAUCACUCCCUAGUGACUGAGUUCGUCCUGGCUGGGUUGACAGAGAAGCCAGAGCUGCAGCUGCCCCUCUUCCUCCUCUUCCUGGGGAUCUACGUGGUCACGGUGCUGGGGAACCUGGGCAUGAUGGCCCUGAUCGGACUCAGCUCUCACCUACACACCCCCAUGUACUACUUCCUCUGCAGCCUCUCCUUCAUUGACUUCUGUCAGUCCACCACCAUAACCCCAAAAAUGCUGGGGAACUUUGUGACAGAGAAGAACACCAUCUCCUAUGCCGAGUGCCUGGCUCAGCUGUAUUUCUUCUGUUUCUUCAUUAUCGCCGAGUGCCACAUGCUGGCCGCCAUGGCCUAUGACCGCUACGUGGCCAUCUGUAAUCCCUUGCUCUACCAUGCCACCAUGUCACAUGGAGUCUGCUCCUGGAUGGUGGCUGGCGUGUGUGGUAUGGGAUUGAUUGGUGCCACGGCUCACACUGUCUGCAUGCUGAGGGUGAUUUUCUGCAAAGCUGACAUAAUAAACCAUUACUUCUGUGAUCUUUUUCCAUUACUGGAGCUCUCCUGCUCUAGCACAUUUGUCAAUGAGGUAGUGGUCCUGUGUUUCAGCACAUUUAAUAUCAUGGUCCCCAGCCUCACCAUCGUGGGCUCCUACGUCUUCAUCAUUGCCAGCAUCCUGCGCAUCCGCUCCACGCAGGGCAGGGCCAAGGCCUUCAGCACCUGCAGCUCCCAUGCCUCUGCUGUUGCUCUCUUUUUUGGUUCUGCUGCCUUCAUGUACCUGCAGCCAUCCUCAGUCAGCUCCAUGGACCAAGGGAAAGUGUCCUCUGUGUUUUACACCAUUAUUGUGCCUAUGUUGAACCCCAUGAUCUACAGCCUGAGAAAUAAGGAUGUCAAAAUUGCCCUCAGUAAGUUCCUGGAAAGGAAAGGUUUGGUAUGA